CAAACUAUCGGGCUGAGAAGUCACGCUGCUGGAGCGAAAGGGGAAAGCUAUCCACUUACAAAGACACCCGAUAUCACUCGCAUGGCGCACGAGUAACCUGAUCAGCUUUGGGCAGAAACGAGGCGGGGUGACGGACUAAAGGAAUCUGAGGUAAAUAAUAAAAACAAUGUCUGUUUCCUCCAGUGAAGUGACAGUGGCAGGCGAGAUCAAAAAGGAAAAUGUGAAGUAUACGGAGCUUCUCGAGAGCUCCACGGACAGUCGGGGGCACGUCAAACUCCUGACUCUGGACACUCCGGUGGCCACCGGGAUGCUCGUCGGGCAGACCUCUCCACCGGAGCGCAAGAUGCCCACUAUGGACUCUUUGUCUGCGCACACUUCACCCGCAGCAACUGCGACCUCUUUGGCUUUUUCACCGGAGCAGGUUGCGUGUGUUUGCGAGGCUCUUCAGCAGGGGGGCAACGUGGAUCGACUCGCCCGGUUUCUGUGGUCUCUCCCGCAGAGCGACUUGCUGCGCGGUAACGAGAGUAUCCUCCGCGCUCAGGCUCUGGUGGCCUUCCACCAGGCGCGCUACCAGGAGCUUUACAGCAUCUUGGAGAGCCACAGCUUCAGCCCUUCGUGCCACUCUGCCCUGCAGGACUUAUGGUACAAAGCCCGGUACACGGAGGCGGAGAAGGCCCGCGGUAGACCGCUGGGCGCAGUAGAUAAAUAUCGCCUGCGACGGAAGUUUCCCCUGCCCCGGACCAUCUGGGAUGGAGAGGAGACGGUGUACUGCUUCAAAGAGCGCUCCAGGAAUGCUCUGAAGGACCUCUAUAAGCAGAACCGGUACCCGUCCCCGGCCGAGAAGAGGAAUCUGGCCAGGAUCACAGGACUGUCCCUUACACAGGUCAGCAACUGGUUCAAAAACAGAAGGCAGAGAGACAGAAACCCGUCAGAGGCGCAGUCCAAAAGUGAGUCAGAUGGAAAUCACAGUACAGAGGAUGAGAGCAGUAAAGGUCAGGAGUCUCUGUCCCCGUGUCCGAUGUCCACCUGCAGUGAUGGGACCGUGGGGAAUGCAGUUGUGUCUCUCUGCUCUGGAGCUCUGGAGGCCGGGGUCAUCGUCCAGCAAGUUGGAGACAGCAGGAACUCUGUCUCGCCAGCAUCCAUCAUCUUUAACAGAGUCUCAGUCAACACUCCCACCUCUGUUUUCCACAAUGGCACCCCUUCAUUUCUUUCCACCACAGGACACGUCCUCUUCAGUGGCAUGAACUUGGGACUUCAGUCCCUGGCUUGCAGAUCAGCGGCAGAUGUGGAGAUGGAUGGUGCAGAAGAGGAUAAACUGGUAACGGCAGACCCUGCGUUGGCGUACCCCUCGUUUCACUGCACUGUAAAUGGGACAGAUGUAGAGGUGAAAGCAGAGAAUGUGAGGCAGGAUGUGUCGGUUCAGGACCAGACCACGUCUAUUAGCUCGGCAUUCAAUGUGACUCCAUCUGAUGGCUUGCAGCUUGUAGGUUACAACAUGGGUUCUGAAGGCAAUGGGACCUCGCUGCUCAGCAACAAGGUGGUACUUCCUUCCUUGCAACUCUCAUCAUCUUCUUCACCCUCACCAGGCGUUGUUGAUGGCAGUUCUCCUGCUCCCACCUCUCUGUGCCACAACCAGGUGGAGGAGCAGGACAGGCUGCAGCUGACCUCUCUUGAGCCCAGCACAGCACUCUACAACCUGGUUAGUGUACACACACUGUCUGCUGUGAAGAAGGAACCUAUGGAGACUCCUGGUGGAUACCUUUACCACCUGGGUUACAGUCCUGACCCCACCCACAGCUCCCCCACCUCACUUAACACAACCAUGACAACUACCCAACAAGACUACACCACUCUCACAGUUAGCGCAUCCUUACUCGCCCAAACGGACCUUACCGGUGAGUUCAGAGGUCAUGAUGCCCAGAUGACCUCAAACCUAAAUGGAGACUUCCUAUGUGCAGUUUCAGAGGGAGGGAAGGGAGAGAUGAGAGAAAUGGAGGAUGAAGGGGAAAAACAACUGACAAAACUAAAAACUGUGCAUAUAGAAGAGAUGACUGACCUUUGAAUUUAAGUGGAGAAAGGGGUAAAAUACUUUUUACCAAAAAUCCCAACAUUAUUUUGAAAUAUUGAUUGAGGGUUUUUUGUUUUCAGCCUCUGAAUGUUUUGAUGUUUUUUUUUUAAGUAUUAAAUUAUUUUGCUGAUUCUGUCAUUUGGUUUGACUCCAGUUUGGUUUGGAGAAUCUAUGCAAAGUCAUAUUUGGAGAACACAGUUUUUGAAAGUGUUUUUUUUCCUUUUACAUUUUUUUCUAUAUUUCCACACACAGGUACCUUUUCAGCUGUACUCUAUAAGUAUAACAGAGGUUUUCAAACUAUGGUCCAAAGACCCCCCAGAGGUCCACAAGAGAGUGCUAGGAGGUCCAUAGACAUGAGAUUAUUAUUGUUUCAUUCUGAAAAUCCAGAGAUUAAUUACAAUGUUUAAUUUUAUUGUUUUUAAUUAUUUUAUUCAUUGUUUCUCUACAUCUAACAAAACUGAUUUGUAGAAACAGGGAACAAAGUAUCAUAAUAGAAACUGAGUAUUUUCCAGAUAAUAUUUUAAACACACUUAAAUAUAUAUUUUUAUUUUUCCCAGUAGAAAUUGGGUCUUUAUACACAAACAUAUAUAGCUGCCUUUUAUAUUUUAGGAAUGGUCUCCUUUUGCUAUGGGAAUAAUCAUUUUGUGAGUCAAAAAGUUUGAAAACCCCUGGUAUAUAAGAAGAAUAUUUUUCCAUAUUUUCUCAAGGCCUAUAUCCCUUCCAUCAAUCAUUUCAUUCUAUUUUAAGUGUUUACAUGCAUUUUUGAAACUAUAAGUACCAGACAGCUCUCAUUUUCUCUCUGUCACUCCCUCUAUCUCUCUUCCUCUCACAGUGGCAAGUGUGGAUAUACGUGUGUUUUAUGAGAGUCACCUGCUAGUUUCUGCCAAGAAGAGUUGAGUUUAGCAGACAGGUGGAUGUCUGGUCAUGUGUCAUCUGAGUCAGACCUUAAAGGUCACCUCCCUAUGGAAACACACAUGCACAGACACACUUUAUUCACAUGCAGAUUAAAAAUACAAAAUCUGUGACAAUCUUUGUGGCAUUGUCAUGGUCAUUACAUUGCCAACAGCUUCCAAUUGCAUUACUAAUAGGCAAAUAAUAUGUAUUGUAGAAAAUACAAAUAUAAAUACAAAUACACAAUGUUUGCUUAUACAAAUUAAGGGAUGAGUCAGAAUGGUGGAUGGUAAUCAAAUGCUUGUCACAGAUACUGUAACAGAUGUUGUACGACUGUCAAAGUUUAGAGUAUUAUCUGUGCACAAAAUAUGCUAAGAACUACUUGUUUCAUUUGAAAUGCAAACUGUUUUCAGACAGAAAUGAGGGUAACUUAAAUCUUCAGGUCAUUCAAAAUAGUGAAAGCAAUUGUUUUCUUAAAGGAUUUGAUUAAACUUACCAUCUGGGUUUUACAAUGAUCCAUCCCUGCAAGCAUACAAUGAGAAUUUGCUGUCAAAACUAAUAUCACCUAAAAAGCAAUAACAAGCAACAAGAAAAAUCAUGCUUUUAAUUUAUACUGUACAUUAAACCAAAAACGUCUGAAAAGAUAUUAAAAAGACAGCACAAUUGUAAAUGUGAAAAAACUUUAUAUGAUUGUGUAUGUGAGUGAGUUGUAUGUUUGUAUAUGGAAGAGUGUGUGUUUUUGGUUACAGUAGUUUUUGGUUUUGAGUUUGCUUUCUGUGGCUCAACGUUUGGUUGGUCUUCAGGUUGCCUGUAACUUUUUUUAAAAUUGUUUUUGGUGCUGGUUUGACAUCUGCAGUAUUUAACUCCAUGACUAAAGCUAUGCAGCCAUUCUGGGAAUGAGAAAUGACUUAGAAAUGAAUGAAAAGUCUUCUACAGGAUUAUCAGAAAUUAAAGGGAUAUGUGAAAUGAGCUAACGUAUGGCUGUAAAUAUAUGAGCAAAAAGCAAAACAGCCUUGUGAAUAAUAUUUUAGCAUGAACAAAAAUGUUAAAGUUAUGUAUUUUUCUAAAGAAAAUAAAUAAAUAAGAAGCACAAAAAGUGAUUCAUUAAAUAUUUAUACUGGACAACCAGCCUCAUUCGAGUGAUUUCAUUCAAGACUGAGAGAUCUUGUAAACUUUCGACACAGAUUUGUUUGCGUUUUCAUGUUAUGUCUGCAGUGGAUGUUAAAUAUUCAGACGGACAGGAAACAUGCAAAUAAAAAGAUUUAAGUAGCCAGGGAGAGGAGGGAAGCAGAGACCUGAUACAGAAAGGCCAGGCCGGGUGCUGGAAAAUCAGCGGUGAUUGUUUGCACAUGCCUGGUGGUCUGGAGCUUGUUAGCAAGCUGCUCUUGUCUCAGACUCUAAAUUCAAAUAAACAGGAGGGUGAUUUCUGGAGGCCUUGCUGUCUCCUGUUAGGGGGGUCUAGAAGGAGGUAGAGAAACAGACAGAGAAAUUCUCUCUGAUUUGUAAAUGGCUGUUACAGAUGCCACUGACAGGUACUGUGUGAAUUUCAAAUGCAGUGCUAUAGGAUUCAAUUUUUUUUCCUGAAAAUGUACUUUCCUUCAGGCAAUUCAAAAUGUAGAUGAGUUUAUUUCUUCAUCUGAACAGAUUUGGAGAAAUUUAGCAUUACAUUAACUGUUCAACAAUAGAUCGUCUGCAGUGAAUGGGUGCCGCCUGAAUGCAGAAUGCAAGAGUCGAUAAAAACAUCACAAUAUUCCAGAAGUUAUUCACAUGAAUCCAGUUCAUCAAGUAAGAUCUUUUGAAGUGAAACGCUGUGCAUUUAUAAGAAACAGUCCAUCACGAAGCCGUUUUAACUUUAAAUCAUUAUUAUCAAAAUACCAGUCCAUAGUCUUUAAUAACAGUUCUUCCAGUGAAAAAACUCAGACUCCUGUUGUCCCCUCAUAUCAAAAUUGUUUAGAACUGUUUGCACAUCUGUGCAUAUUUCUCUCCUAAUUCAGACAAGAUGUCUUUUUCACUAUAAAUAGAGGAUUUAUUUUAGUUGAAAGCAACGGUUUGAAGUUAAAAAUGUCUUGAUGGAUUUGUUUAUUACAAACAAAAAACUUUUUUUCACGUCACAAAAGUGAAAUGAUCUUUUACUUGUUGAUUAUUGUGAUGUUUUUAUCCACUGUUUGGACUCUCAUUCUGACGGCACUCAUUCACUGCAGAGGAUCCAUUGGUGAGCAAGUGACGAAGUGCAACAUUUCUCCAAAUCUGUUCUCUGACAUCUUGGAUGGCCUGAGGGUGAGUACAUUUUCAGCGAAUUUUCAUUUCUGGGCGAACUAUUUCUUUUUUUAAGACCACAAAAACUCAAGCUAACCAACCAAGUAAUUUCAGAUCCCAAAGCUUUUCUCUGAAAUUUAGCUGAGAGAACUAGUUUGGAUGCCAAACAAAUCUGAAUAUACCAUCAUCUCAGCACUAUUGCUGGGAGCCUUUCAGCAUUGUAGUUCAUGACUCCUUUCACCAAGUAGGGAAAAACAGGACUGGACAGGACAAUAGAAAAAGAUAGAGAAAAGGAAAUAAGAGCAUUGUCACCUGUUCCCAAACAGCCUAGGUGACCCGGUUGCCAUGAGAGACAGCCAGGUAUCAGAUAACUCCAGCUCGAAAAAUGAAUGCUUUGAGAGAGAAGAGUGUCAGUGAGAAUUUAUAAUAUGUGCUGAUUUUAAUCCUGUGUGAUGGCUUUAUGUCAAAUUUUGCAAAUAAAAAAACAUGAUGGUGAUCGAAACCACUCAAGCAUACCUCACACUGAGCAACAAUAAGAAGCGGUGAUAAAAAUAUGAACCUCUCAAACUGAGCCUUAUUAAAAACUAUGACCUCUCACCUUUGGGGGUUUGAAAGGAGGGGGACUUAACCCUGAAUAGCAAACAGAGCUGGAUUUGUAACCUGAACCUUCCCCCACGCCCCCACUAAUGAGAGGUCAAAGGGCACACGCUGCUCCUCAGCUGUGUUUCAUACCUGUGUGUGUGUGUGUGUGUGUGUGUGUGUGUGUUUCAUUUACUGGUAAGGUUUUGAUGAUGUAUAUGAACCAGACCUACUGUGUGAGAUUUGUAAGUGUGAAUGUCAAAUGUAAACGCAGAGUGUCAGAUAUACUUGCUGACAAAUGUGAAUACUUGUGUUUAUUUAAACCAUUUUUCCUCAGUUUGAAGUCUAAAGUUUGCACUGAAGGAGAAAUGUCAUCAAACUAAAUAAGAAGUUGAACUUGAAUUCUAACUUGUCAUAAACAUUAAUAAUAACAAAUUGUGUCAUCAAACUUUCAUUCUUUGCCUUCUGGGUUAUGAAGCUAUCAUUCAUCUUUACUGAACUUUGACCUCUGCAGUCUUACACAAUUUCUUUGGUAUGCCUGCUUAGAGAGAGAGAAGGAGAGGUACAGAGGUGAUUUUUUCAUGCAUACAGCACAAGUUUUGUGCAGUUACAGGCCACUAUUACUUUUCAGAUAUUACUAAACACAUGUUUCUGCAAACAGAUACAGAUUCAAUUGGGGAACAAUUCAAAAGGAUGCAAAAGCAUUUAGUUGGCACAGGUUGUAAAAAAUUAAGAGAAUAUCCAAAGAUUUCAGUGAAACACACACACAUACAUGGGGUUAAUCUAUGCCCCCUGGUGAAACUGGACCACAGAGGGAGAGACCUCAAUGG